CACAGAGCGGAAAGUGGGGGAGUGGUAAUAUCAUCCGUUUUAGUCGUUCGACAAAUUGCGAACGCGAGCACCCAAUCCAACCAUAUCUCUCUCUCUCUCUCUCUCUCUCUCUCUCUCUCUCCUCUUCCUGCACUACGAGGGAUCCUCUCGGAGCUACAACCAUGGCGGCUCCGGUGGUGGACGCUGGGUACCUCAAAGAGAUCGACAAGGCGCGCAGAGACCUCCGAGCCCUAAUCGCCAGCAAGAACUGCGCCCCAAUCAUGCUCCGAUUGGCAUGGCAUGAUGCUGGCACGUAUGAUGUGAACACCAAAACAGGCGGUCCAAACGGUUCGAUUAGACAUGAGGAGGAAUAUAAUCAUGGUUCAAAUGCUGGAUUAAAAAUUGCAAUCGAUCUUUUGGAGCCUGUGAAGGCAAAACAUCCAAGGAUUACAUAUGCAGACCUGUAUCAGCUUGCUGGAGUGGUUGCAGUUGAAGUUACUGGAGGACCGACCAUUGACUUUGUUCCAGGGAGACGGGAUUCCUCCGUUUGCCCCAAAGAGGGGCGGCUUCCCGAUGCCAAGAAAGGUUCAUCACAUCUGAGGGACAUCUUUUAUCGGAUGGGUUUAUCUGACAAGGAUAUAGUAGCCCUAUCUGGUGGCCACACUCUAGGGAGGGCUCAUCCUGAGAGGUCGGGAUUCGAAGGUGCCUGGACAAAUGAACCUCUCAAAUUCGACAACUCCUACUUCGUGGAGCUGUUGAAGGAGGAAUCCGAAGGGCUUCUUAAGCUUCCUACUGACAAGGCUCUCUUGGAGGAUCCUCAGUUCAGGCACUUUGUUGAGCUGUAUGCAAAGGAUGAGGAUGUCUUCUUCAAGGACUAUGAAGAAUCGCACAAGAAACUUUCCGAACUCGGCUUCACUCCACGACGCACCUCCGGCUCAGCUGCCAAAGCUGAUGCUAAUUCCAGUGCUGUAUUAGCUCAUAGUGCUUUUGGAGUUGCAGUUGCCGCAGCUGUAGUUAUCGUUAGUUACUUUUACGAAAUAUCCAAGAGGAGCAAAUAAAUUGCUCUGUGGAACCAUCUAUUAUGUAGCUUCCGCACUAUUUUCUCUAGUACUUAAGAGUUAACUGAAUACAUUUCCCGAGCAAUAUGGGACAAUUGAAUACAGUGUAUUACAUAGAAGCACUGCACUCCAAUUAUGUGACCCUGUUAAACUAGUAAAAUUAUAGUAUCCUGCUAGUUACAGUAUCCUGCUAGUCGUAUAUUUACAUUAAUGAGAUUUUGGAAGUACGAGUUUGUAAAGCAAUCA